CGAGCAUCGUUGUUUACAAUACCGAGUUGCGGAGAAGCAGUUAGUGGUUAUAAUGCCUUGCCUUGGUGAUUUCCUGUCCUGUGUCUACUGUUGUAAUUGAUGAUGGUGUGAACAUGAAUGAUAGAUGACGCUGACUGUGGGUUAAGACAGAAAGACAGUCAACUAAAAAGGAUGAUUGUGAAAACCAUUCAUCCCGCAACACAUGCGAAGGAUGCUGGAAGAGAUGCUGCUGAAUAUGAGCCUGAAUGUCAGUGCUGCCCAGUGGGUCGGAGCGGUCAUCGAAUUGUAGCCACAGACAACUACAUCUACUCUCUUGGAGGGUUCAAUCCUGCCCUUAGUGCCGUUAUUGGGGGCUUUCACCCAGAUCAAGAGGCUCACGGAGAAAGAGGCCAUCCCUGCCUUUUUAAGGAGCUCUGGAAGUUCAACCUCAGUACUUACAAAUGGCAGUUGAUAGAUGACUUUUACAGUGUGCCUCCUACUAUUGCAUCUCAUACAAUUGCAGUCUUGGGUCGGUGGCUCUUUCUGUUUGGUGGGACAGCGAUCCCUUUUGGAGAAACACCGACGAGCUCUCUGUACAGAUACGACCUGUUGGCCAAUCCCCAGGCACCCCUCCAUGGCCAUGGAAAUGAGCACGGUGGUCAGUUUGGGGAGCAGAAUGAGCUGGUGGGCACUCCGUCCACUGCUCGAAGUCGCUGGAGGCUCAUCCCUGUGGAGGGGGAAAUACCCGAUGAGAGAUACGGCCAUACAAUGACGCUUAGAUACCCAAAUGUGUACAUAGUGGGCGGGACGUCCGGUUACAUCUAUAAUGUGGACGUUUAUCACCUGGACCUGAGCGCCCCUGUUGGGAAGUGGACAAAACUCAGCUCAGACGGAGACCCAAGGCAACCUGUUGGCAGAUAUCGUCACGAGACAGCCUUUGAUGGUGAAAAGCUGUUUGUUUUUGGAGGUGGUACAGAUCGAGAUGCCUUCUCAUUAAAUAACGUCCAUACAUUCAAUGUGAGUACAUGUGAUUGGGCAACCCUGAAGUCUUUCCCAGAUCCACAACACGGUUAUCCAAAGCCUCGAAAAUGCCAUAGCUGCUGUCAGUAUCAAAGCGAUGUGUUCAUGGUGGGCGGUGUGAGUGGAACAUCCCACACAUACGGAGCCACGUCAUUUGAUGACAUCUGGAAGUUUUCCAUGACAACUGCCAACUGGACAAAGUUCUCGGUGACUUUGCCUCUGCCCCUGUACUUUCACUCAGCAGAAAUUGUGCCUCGCAAGGGUCUAAUGUAUAUAUUUGGAGGAGUCACAAAGAUGAGGGAGACAGUGGUGCGGACAAAGAGAAUUGUCUGCAUGAGGGUGGCUGUGCCGGAACUGCUAGAGCUGGCCUGGGAUGUGAUCUGUGAGAAUCUCCGGGACAGGUGGGAUGACAUUGAUCUCAAUGAGCUGGGCAUUCCUCAAUCUCUGCACUCUAGGAUAUUUAAUUAACUUGUGUUGUACCGCAAUUUGCCAACAUCUGGUCAAUUUGAAGAGAGAGAAAGAAAGUGAGAGAGAGAGAGAGUGAGUUUGUUGUGAUGCAUCUGUGGGGAGCUCUGAAAGUGAUUCUUUUGUAAUGAAAAACUUGCAUCUUGGUAACCAUUGAUUUGUCCAUGAUAAGUGGCUGUCUGAGAAAUGGUCUGUGUUUGUGAGCUCUGCUCAAAAAUGGAUUCCAAAUACUAUUUAAGAAAUGAUUUUGAGGGAUGGCGAUUACUGAUGAACUUAUUUGGAGCUCAGAAAUGAGACAUACUUGUUUUUAAGAAUGACUGAAAGUGAUAAUGAAAACAGGUGGAUUCAUAGAGGUAUUUUUAUAGCACUUCUUAAUAACAUUUCACUGUCUGCACUAGUUUAGAUUUCUUCUUUCCACUGUUCAAAUCCAUUUGAUAUCUGAAAACUGCCAUCUUUUUCCUACCUGCAUAUUCUUCUUUUUACGAUAAACUUCUGUUGAGAAGCAAAGCACUUACUGCUUGAUAGUUUGCAGGCCCACCUCGUUAAGUAGGCAAAAGGGCAAUUGUGACAACUGUUUGUGUGUCUUAUGACAAAAAAAGUGAAUUGUCUUUCCUGUGAAACGAUUGUGAGAAAAGUAGUUGUGAAAGUGAACUAUGAUUAGAUAUUUUGUGUCUUUGUAAACUAGUAUAAGAAUAAAAGGAGAGUCCUCUUUAUGUACAGGACGAUAUUUUAUUAUUUUAGAUUUUUUCUUCAACUCGAUGAGAAUGUAUUGUUCCAGAAGGCAUUACGCACAGAUGCCAUGUUUGUUCAGGCGCUGUGGCUGUUUUAUUUUUUUUGCGGAGUGCACAUAUAAGGCUGGUACAAAGUUUUAGUAUCCAGCUUCAGCCUCUCUGUGAUUCAACUAGAUUAGGAUCAUGUAUGCCUUGUCUUGUGUCACAUGUUUGACUAUGUUUCGUAAAAUGAAGGUGAAGUGUUCAACUCUUUUCUUGACUGCACAAGGUCACAAAUAUAUUUUCCUUGAUACACUGUUUUCACUGUCGGUUAGAUAAGUGAAUCAAAUUGUGGAUGAUGGCCUGGGAUUGUACUCAGUUUAAUUUUCUUUGUAAGGAGGCUUUUUUUAAAAAGUCAGUAAGUUGGUUUGCCUGUCGAAUGAAUUUUCAGUUGCGUCUGUCUGAGUGAAGUGUCAAACCUGGAGAUGAUAUCAUUAUAUAUAUUUACCAUUAUGUAUAUUUACCAUGAUUAGUUCAACAGAUGCUGUCUUUCCUUGAACUGAUAUCUCUUCAUUACCAAAUACUCUCUCAGCAAGUUGUUUUGUUGCUUUGCCUGUCAUUAGUUGCUGAAAGUUGGGCGUGUCAAGGAGGGUUUUUCACCAUAUGCCACAAUGAAGAUGUUGGAAUGAAGCAGAUGUUGUUUUAAUUUUCUAUUUGUAGAAUGCUUCUGGGUUUUUCUGGAAUGAUCCAAGUCAUGAAUUAUAUUCAAGUAUAUAGAGAGAAAUGCAUAGAUAGAAGUUUUAUAAUUUCCCUUGUAUUAAUGCUGUUUAAUUUAUAAAAAGAGUUUUUGUUCCCAGUGACAAACAUAAUUAUAUUGAUACUAACUUGUACAGUCUGAUUCACUGUGUAGGGAGAUUAACAUCUUUUAAGUUAUCAACAUCAUCACAAACUUCAGACUUCAUGGCUGUGACUGUACAUAUGUAUUUGUAUGUAUGUGUGUGUUUUUGUGCAAUCGUAUUUAUAUUUCUGAUUGUAAGUUUAUAUGUAUGUAUUCUUGGAUUAAUAUGAGUAUGCACAUACAACAUGCACUAGCACACUUUGAUGCCUUCUUAGGAGUUUACGAAAUUCCCUGUUAUUCUCAUGGGGAGGUGUCAACAUGCAGUGCCGAAUCCUUUGUACUUAUACGUAUGCUAUGUCAGAUUAUGUUACAUCAUUAUCAGGAAGUCAUUCUGUUUCAGUAGUUAGAGCUAAUUUUAAAAUUUUUAUGUGCAAACUAUUAACAACAAAUAUUUGGAUUUCAGCUUUGUUUUUUCGAGUGCUUGUUUUUCCUUAUCAGUAUUCGUUUUUGUGCAUGCAUUUUUGUUGUUGUGUGUUUGCUAAUUUUCAGAUGUUGUGAACAAGAAUAUCAAUAAAAACUGACUGAGGGCCCGGUAAGUGCUGUAAUGUUUUGCUUUAAACCUGAUAAAUAGUUCAUCCAUUGAUUAAUAAGCUUUCUUUUGGGAGAAAUAAAAGGCAAAAGAAGAACUUUCCUAAUACAUAUCAAGAAAAACCCUAUUCUGUUAAAAAAUACAAAUUAUCAUCCUAAUUUUUAUUGUGCACAAGUUAAGGUGAACCCUCGAAGAAUUUUAGGGGUGAAGGGUUUCGACUAUUUUUCGGCCAAGAGGGAAAUGCUAUCAAAGGAAUUUAUAUGAUACAAAAGAAACAUAAUUAUGGUAUAACAUGGAUAGGUCGAACUCAGAAGACUCUAAAUCAUGCAUCUAUCAAAUUGUGCCUGCGGCCCCGUUUUUUCUUUUUCUUCUUUAUCUUUGGAAGAAAAAUACGCGAAGCUCGAACAUAAACACGGAAUAGUCGAACUAAUUACACUACCAUGGAGGUGUAAAGUCAUUGUCCUUUGAGGUGGACUUGAGACAAAAUAAGAAGAAGAAGAAGAAGAAUAAAUACAGAAAAAA